CUGACGUCAGGGCGGGGGGUGCGGUGCCCGCUUUGUGCCGGUGCUGCAGCUGUCGGGAUUUAUUAGCGCUGCUGGUGUGGGGAUGUUGGCUUCAGAGCAGGCGUCUGCCUGUGAGAGAAACCACCGGGCAAAUAAGGACUUUUCUCUUCGCCUGCUGUCUUUGGAAAGCUGCAGCACGUUCAGACAGGCUUGUAUUUCUCUGUCCGAGGUUUUGUGGCACAGUAUGGAUUUGACAUCUUCACAACAUAACCAUCUACAAAAUGAACUCAUAAGAAAAUUGGAAAGACCAGAAGGGGAAAAAGAAGAUGAACAGAUAGUUGCAGAAAUCAUGAGAAGACGUUUUUUUCCUGCUUUUAUAACUUAUAAGGCCUGGGAAGGCUUUCACUUCGCUGGCCAUGAGAUAAGAAUUACAGAAGCCACUGAUUGCUACGGAGCAGUCGUCUGGCCAUCGGCUCUUGUUCUGUGUUAUUUUUUGGAAACUAAUUCUAAAAAAUACAACUUGGUUGACAAAAAUGUGAUUGAAAUUGGAGCUGGAACUGGGUUGGUCUCCAUAGUAGCCAGUUUACUGGGUGCACUUGUGACUGCCACUGAUUUACCAGAACUGCUGGGAAACCUUCAGCACAACGUUCUACAAAAUACAAAGCUGAAGUGCAAGCACAAGCCUCAUGUUAAGGAAUUAUCUUGGGGAAUUGAUCUGGAAAAAAACUUUCCUAGGUCUUCCUGUCACUUUGACUACAUUAUGGCUGCUGAUGUAGUUUACAACCAUCCCUUCCUGGAUGAACUCCUCUUGACUUUUGAUCACUUGUGCAAGAAUGAUACUGUAAUUCUGUGGGCCAUGAAAUUUAGGUUGGACAAAGAGAACCAAUUUGUGGGCAGAUUUCAGGCACUGUUUGACUUAGAGGUGAUUUCUAAUUUCCCCAGUUUGAACAUAACCUUGUACAAGGCUAUGAGGAAAGGCAGGAUGAAAGCCAGACCUUCCAAACUGAUGGUCUGAAAGAGAGAUAAAGGGAGGUGACAGUUUCAGGUCUUCUGCAGUUUGCUCUUGUUUUAAUAAUUUCCAUGUUAGUAGUUGUUAACACCUGCUUGAAUGACAUUUUUUAAGAUAGCUAAAACAAAACAUUGGAUUCCUAGUAAAUCCCUAACAAAUGCCAAAAGUUUUAUACACGAAAUAAAUGUAUCUAUCUUAGACAUUUUCUUGACUUUUAUGUGCUAUGCUGCCAAUACCAAUAACUUUCACAAGUCUUACCAUUAUUGUUAUGGGUUGUAUAAUGAAUAUUUCCAAUAGCUUUCAAUUGCAGCUUUGAAUGCUGUCUUAUCAGAUCAACCAAUCAUUUAAAACUAUGAUAAAUUUUUUUGUGAUAAAUCUUUGUAUUUAAAAGCUGUGAUGUUAAAUCUGGUCUUUCCCUGUUCUCACUAUCGUAUAAAUCUUUUGAGUAGCCUUUAGAGGACAUUAAAUUAGCUGAAAAAACCAACUUGGGAAAUAUAUUGUCAUAAUAAAGGCACAGAAUAUAUUAGUUACCUUUUGAUUUAAUGAUGUUUUCUUCCCCUUCCAUUUUUUAUUUAGAUUCAGGGAUUCUUCAACAGACAGCUGCACAUGUGAGGCAAGAGGGAGUUAAAUGCUUUGUUGCUUGAACAAAGCUCUUGGAUGAGAAGAGUACAGCAUAUCACCGGCUGCCCUUUGCAAAGACCUUAAAUUCUUGGAGGACUGUUCCUCCAAAAAUAGAUGUGUAUCUGGACCUCAGGGAACAAUGGAAAAAUGACAGUGGCCAUCAAAAAAGCAGUUUUGCACUGCCAGCUGAUGGUGACUAGGGGUAAAAACCUAAACCAACAUGACAUGCUGUGGCUGAGAAAUGGGCAGGUUUAGAUAUUUUUUUUUUGUAGUUUGGGCAAACAAAAUACUUUUCUUCCAGCUGCUCAGUACUGCUUGUUCCUGUUUUCAAUGGUCAGAUUAAUGUCCUUGAAAGACUGUCAGAGAACUGUUUUUUGUGUAGAUUAAUAAAAUGAUUCUUUUCACACCUCA